CUAAAAAAAAAAGAACGCGGCGCGAGAGAAGGUUGAACAUUCUCUCCGAUUUUCUUCACUCUUUUGUCGCACACAACAGAAAUAAGACGGGUGACAGAAAUAAGAUUGAGACGCGCGUGCGCUAGAUCGCAAACGAUUUAUCAAUAUAAGAGAUAGAAAAAAAGAAGUGGCAUGUUUAGUACAUAAGAUAUGUACGAAACUGAUAAAAUCCAAAGUAAACGAGCCGAAUUUAAAAACUCAAGUAUCCCAAAUCGGUAUUUUUCAUCAUCAGUAAUGAAUUCUGCGAGAGAUUCUCUUAUUAUGGAAUGCGCACGGUUCUGACAUUGUAUCUUCUAAAUGUUUUGAACUAUCCUGACAGCACUGCGAUCGUGAUCUAUCAUGUCUUCACGAUGUUCAUUUAUUUCUUUCCAUUAUUCGGAGCUAUCUUAGCAGAUUCCAUACUUGGGAAAUACCAUACGAUAUUCUAUGUUAGUAUAAUUUAUGCUGUGGGACAACUCUUGUUGGCUUUGAGUGCUGCACCGCCACUGGGAUUGCCACCAAGGGAGUUUGCAUUAUUGGGUUUGUUUCUUAUAGCUGUUGGUUCGGGUGGUAUAAAACCUUGCGUGUCAGCAUUUGGUGGAGAUCAAUUUGUAUUGCCGCAACAGGAACAACAACUUUCGACUUUCUUUUCCGUUUUUUAUUUCUCAAUUAAUUCGGGCUCCCUAAUAUCCAGCUUUCUUACACCGAUAUUAAGAAGCGAUGUGACUUGUUUUGGUGAUAAAACAUGCUACUCCUUGUCUUUUCUAGUACCUGCCGUAUUGAUGUCAAUAUCGAUAGUGAUAUUUAUGCUUGGUAAACCUUUGUACAAAAUAGUCGAUCUCCAAGGCAAUGUCGUUGUUGAUGUCACCAAAUGCGUUUGCUACGCGAUCAAGAAGAAGAUACAAUCGAAGAAAAAGGUGGAUCACUGGCUCGAUCACUCAGUAGAUUUAUAUGGUCGAAAGUUAGUUGAGGACAUUAAAGAUUCCUUGCAAGUAUUAAAGAUGUUCCUCCCUUUGCCGAUCUUUUGGGCUCUUUUCGAUCAACAAGGAUCAAGAUGGACGAUUCAAGCGACAAGAAUGGACAGUAAAGUUGGUAAUUUCUUGAUACAACCCGAUCAGAUGCAAGUAUUUAAUCCAUUGUUGGUCGUGAUCUUUAUUCCUAUUUUCGAAACUUGCAUUUAUCCAAUAUUUUCUAAAAUGCGUCUACUUAAUACGCCUUUGAAGAAGCUUACAGUCGGUGGUUUAUUGGCCGCACUAUCCUUCGUUAUAUCUGCUAUUAUUGAAUUACAACUUGAGAAAACAUACCCAAUACUUCCUACAAUUGGAGUGGGCCAAGUAAGAAUUUUCAAUACCAUGAAUUGUGAGAUACCGAUACAGAUUAAUGGUGAAAAAGGGAUUAUCAAAGCUCUGGAUUUUUGGGAAAAUAUAAAUAUCAAAACUAAUAAUGGCUCGGCUAAAUUGAAGUAUUCUUUAAAUAUGACAAAGUGCCAAUCGAGUAAAUUUCUCAAUAAUGAAGUCAAAGACGAGAUGAUAAUAAACGAGGCAAUUGCUACAUCAUGGGCUAUUACUCCUGAUGGAAUGUAUCAAUACAUUGACGAUGUGGCAAAAUCAAAGGAUGGUUUUCCUUUGGUUCGUGGUCUUAUUUAUUUGUCAUCACAAUCAAAGAAAGAUUAUAAUUCUAGUUUAAUAUUUUAUCAAGAAUCGAUACCUACCGAUGAGAUUACAUUAAAUGGAACAAAUAUCACUAAAACUUCAUUACAUGAACUCAAACCACGUACAUAUAACAUUUAUUUAAAUAAAAAUCUAUUAUUACAAAAUGUGGAAUUAAAAUUAGGUGGAGUAUACACCAUUGUUGGUUAUGACAUGGGAAACAAUGAAAUGAAAUUAUCAAUUAAUACUGUAACGCCUCCUAAUUCGAUGCAUUUGUUUUGGCUAUUACCACAAUACAUUGUCAUUACGAUGGCGGAAGUCAUGUUUUCAGUAACUGGAUUGGAAUUUGCAUUCACACAAUCACCUCCCAGCAUGAAAUCCUUAAUGCAAUCUUCCUGGUUACUUACAGUAGCUUUUGGCAAUCUUAUUGUUGUUAUUAUCGCAGAGGUAUCAUUCUUCGAAAGACAGGUUUAUGAGUUCCUCCUAUUCGCAGGUCUAAUGUUUAUAUUUAUGAUAUUAUUUGGUAUAAUGACAAUGUUCUAUAAAUAUACGGAAAUAUCCGAAACAAAUGAGGAGGAAAUCGUAUUGGAAGAGAAAAAAGGAUCUAUUAAUACAUCGUAUAAGGACGACGAAAAAUGAAAGUACAAAUAAAUCUUAAAGAUAUUUGAAUUUCUUCCUGUUUUCAACUUUCUGUUGAGUGAUAAAACAUAUCAACCUAAAGAAUAAUGAAAUUUUCAUAACAAAGAUCGUUAUGUUGAAUGUGCAAUGAAAGAAAUACAUUGACAUAGGCGAUGAUGUUAUUAACGAUUAUAUGGAAAGGAUUUAAGUGUACGUAAAAAAAGUAUAAAAAUUAAAAUUUUGAAUUAUAGGAAAUAUUGCAAAGGAAUUUACGUGUAAUAUAUUUAUUUUUGCUAGAUCAAAAAAAUUGUUAGGAUUUACCACAACAGAAUAAAAUACGCAUUACAAAUUUU